GCCUUUGUGUGUGCGUGUGCGUGUGCGUGUGCAAAGCCUUCGGGCAAUGACGACGCUCGGAGGGUGGUGGUGCAGGAUAUUGCUGGUUGACAUAGUAACUCCUCUCCUCGGCUCAGUCGGUGUCUGAUGGGCUACUUGGUGCUGCCUGCAUGGACUGGAGGCAGCGACCCCGGCAAGGAAAAGGGCUGCUCGGCAGUUGGCGGCGGCUGCUUCUUGAGCUUUGGGGAUCCCAGCCCAAGAGGAGCACUCAUUCCGCAACCCUCCUUCAUAAUGGGGACGCCGCGCUGCAAGUAGCUGUUAGAGGGACAGCAGGCGGCAGACCCGCCUAGACGAGUUCUUUCCUCAACGAAGGGAAUCCUUGGGCUACUUUAUUGUUGUUAUUAUUUUUAAACGAGGGCGAACCCGAUUGCGGAGCUAAGUGUGUGUGAGAGAAAAGCAUCCCUCACGCGCGCGCCUCCACUUGUGUGCGCGUGUGUGAGGUUUUGGGCGACCUCCUUAAAGACGAGGGGCUUUCUUGGGGACGACGACCCCGAGAGGGGGGAAGCGCCAUGAGCCAGAGCCAGCAGCCUCGGAACAACGGCUCGCCGGUGAGCGGGGCGAGGCGGAAUGACAGCCAGGACUACCUGCUCAUGGAUUCGGAGGCGAGUGAGGAGAACUGCGUGGCGCCCUACGCUUACUACCCCGUUAGAGGUGCCGAGAACAGGCAUGCCCUCCGACAACAGACUAUUGUCCGAGAGAAAGGCAGGAGGCUUGCCAAUCGGGGCCCAGCAUAUAUGUUUAAUGACCGCUCCACCAGCCUUUCUAUUGAAGAGGAGCGUUUUUUGGAAGCAGCAGAAUACGGCAACAUUCCUGUUGUUCGUAAAAUGCUGGAGGAAUGUAGCUCGCUCAAUGUGAACUGUGUGGACUACAUGGGGCAGAAUGCAUUACAGCUGGCCGUAGCGAAUGAGCACUUGGAAAUCACAGAACUCUUGCUUAAGAAGGAGAACCUGUCGCGCGUCGGAGAUGCCCUGCUCUUGGCCAUUAGCAAAGGCUAUAUCCGAAUAGUAGAAGCCAUCUUGAGUCACCCUGCAUUUGCUGAAGGCAAGAGGCUGACCACAAGUCCUAGCCAAUCAGAGCUACAGCAUGAUGACUUUUAUGCCUAUGAUGAGGAUGGAACCCGCUUCUCUCAUGACAUCACCCCAAUCAUCCUAGCUGCACACUGCCAUGAGUAUGAAAUCGUGCAUACCCUGCUGAGGAAAGGAGCUCGUAUCGAGAGGCCUCAUGACUACUUCUGCAAAUGCAGUGAAUGCAAUAAGAAGCAAAAGGAUGACUCUUUCAGCCAUUCUCGCUCCAGGAUCAAUGCUUACAAAGGGCUGGCAAGUCCUGCUUACCUUUCCUUGUCUAGUGAGGACCCUGUAAUGACUGCUUUAGAACUAAGCAAUGAGUUGGCUGUGCUUGCUAACAUUGAAAAAGAAUUCAAGAAUGAUUACAAAAAAUUGUCUAUGCAGUGCAAGGACUUUGUGGUCGGACUUCUCGAUUUGUGCAGAAAUACAGAGGAAGUGGAAGCUAUUCUGAAUGGGGAUGUUGAGUUGAACCAUGGGGAGCAUGGACGUCCUAGCCUUAGCCGCUUAAAACUUGCCAUAAAGUAUGAAGUCAAAAAAUUUGUAGCACAUCCAAACUGCCAGCAGCAGCUCCUCUCUAUCUGGUAUGAGAAUCUGUCAGGUUUACGACAACAGACCAUGGCGAUGAAGUUUUUAGUGGUUCUUGCCGUUGCUGUUGGGCUGCCAUUCCUGUCAGUGGCUUAUUGGAUUGCUCCAUGCAGUAAGUUGGGUAGAAUAAUGCGUGGGCCCUUUAUGAAAUUUGUUGCACAUGCAGCCUCUUUCACCAUUUUCCUUGGCUUACUGGUCAUGAAUGCGGCAGACAGGUUUGAUGGCACCAAACUGAAGCCUAAUGAAAGUAGAACUGAUGGAAAACAGCUGUUCAGGAUGAAAACUUCAUGCUUCUCAUGGAUGGAAUUGCUUAUUAUCUCAUGGGUAAUAGGCAUGAUGUGGUCUGAAUGUAAAGAGAUUUGGUCCCAAGGUCCCAAGGAAUACCUGUUUGAACUGUGGAAUAUGCUGGAUUUUGGCAUGCUAGCUAUUUUUGCAGCUUCAUUCAUUGCAAGGUUUAUGGCAUUUUGGCAUGCUUCUAGAGCCCAAAGCGCUUUUGAUACCGAAGGUAUGAAGGACUUGUCAACUGCAACGUUGCAUCCCAACAUAAAGUACUACACUUUAGCAAGAAUAGACUGGGAUCCAUCUGACCCUCAAAUCAUAUCUGAAGGGCUGUAUGCAAUCGCUGUGGUUUUAAGUUUCUCAAGAAUCGCCUACAUUCUGCCAGCCAAUGAAAGCUUUGGACCUCUACAGAUAUCGCUUGGUAGAACUGUGAAAGAUAUAUUCAAGUUCAUGGUCAUAUUUAUCAUGGUCUUUGUGGCCUUCAUGAUAGGAAUGUUUAAUCUCUACUCCUACUACCUGGGGGCAAAGCAAAAUGAAGCCUUCACUACAGUGGAAGAAAGCUUCAAGACUUUGUUCUGGGCAAUAUUUGGACUCUCAGAAGUGAAAUCAGUUGUCAUACAUUAUAAGCACAAAUUUAUUGAGAACAUUGGUUAUGUCCUCUAUGGUGUUUAUAAUGUCACCAUGGUUAUUGUUCUAUUGAACAUGCUUAUCGCAAUGAUCAACAGCUCAUACCAAGAAAUUGAGGAUGAUGCAGAUGUGGAAUGGAAGUUUGCAAGAGCAAAAUUGUGGUUCUCCUAUUUUGAGGAGGGCAGAACACUUCCAGUACCAUUCAAUCUAGUGCCUAGCCCCAAAUCUUUGCUUUAUCUUUCACUCAGAAUAAAGAAGUGGAUUUGUAAAUUAUUACUUUGCCAUAAAAAAGGUUUUCAGGAAGAUGCUGAGAUGAAUCAGCUAGGACAAAGGAGGCAAUCAAGUAUAAGAAGCUCUGAUGACCUCAACUUAAACAGCUUAAGUAAUCCUCAAAGGAAGUAUCAGAAAAUUAUGAAACGUCUUAUGAAACGAUACGUGCUGAAAGCUCAAGUGGAUAAAGAGAGUGAUGAAGUCAAUGAAGGUGAACUGAAAGAAAUUAAACAGGACAUCUCAAGCCUCCGUUAUGAGCUUCUUGAAGAAAAAUCACAGAACACAGAAGACCUGGCAGAACUCAUCCGGAAACUUGGGGAGAAACUGUGUAUUGAGCCAAAACAGGAACAAAGUAGCAGAUAACAAGAACUUCUCUUUGAAAGGGGGAUGGGGGAAUCCUCUAAGCUGGCAGUCUAAUGAAAGCCAUAUCAGUUCUAUUUUCUUCUUCUUCAAACAUAAUUGACACUCUUACAGCAGCUGCAACAGUAGUUGCUGAACUGGUUUUUUCCUCUCUCUCUCUUUUUUUUUUUUGAUAAUAAGGGAAAACCAUCCACAGAGGUAAACUCAACCAUUUUCUGAAAAUUAAAAGAAGACAUAAAAUAUGGUUUCAGAAGUUGCACAAUUACAUAUUUUAAUUACUGGUUCUACUGAUGCCAGGAAGCUCUCUUGUUCUCUCACACUCGCACGCACAUAGAUAACUCUUCGACCAUAAGCACAUUUACUUAGUAGUAAAAUUCCAUUGAAAUGAACGAGGUUUACAAAUGAAUAAUUUAGGAAUAGAGUUCUGAUGACUUUUUUAAAAAAAGAAAUGAAUUGGUCCUUUAAAUAAACA